AUGCAAGUUCAAUCUAAUGAAAAAAAUAAUAUACUCGAAGAAUACAAGAUUCCUGAACGUCGAAUCUUUACAAAGCAAGACUUAGAACUAUUUUUUACAUCUAAAACAUGCGAAAAUAUCUUUAACUUUAUAUGUUUGCUUAACGAUCAAGCACAAGGCAUCUCUCUUUCAGAGACAUGUGAAAUUUCUAAAAACGUGGAGCAUAUUCUCUCGAUGCUAGACCAAAUUAACGUAUUAAUUGAUAAACACCCUCCUGUACAAAACACACAAUCAAGAUUUGGAAAUCAUGCUUUUCGCGAAUUCUAUGAUGAUAUGGAAAAAUCUACCAAGGCAAUACAUGGAUGGCUUUCAUUACCUGAAAACAUCAUUACAGAAAUUUCAAAAUACUUUACUAGUGCAUGGGGAAAUAGGCAGCGAAUAGACUAUGGAAGCAUGCAUGAACUGCUUUUUCUUUCUUGGCUGUUUUGUCUAUACAAAACAAACGUCUUACAUGUGUCAGAUGGAAAAGCACUUGUGAUACGAGUAUUUUACCAAUACAUCUUAGUAAUGCGUCGCAUUCAAACUUUAUACUGGCUAGAACCAGCUGGAUCACAUGGCGCUUGGGGACUCGAUGACUACCAUUUCCUACCUUUUCUUUUUGGUUCAGCACAGCUGGUAGGACACAAAUAUAUCAGACCACGAAGUAUCCAUGACAAUGAUAUAUUAGAAGCAUUUGCAAAUGAUUUCAUGUAUUUAGAUUAUAUUAGGUUUAUUAAUUCAAUCAAAACAGUUUCAUUACGUUGGCAUUCGCCGAUGCUAGAUGACAUUUCUAGUGUUAAACAGUGGAAAAACGUUAACAUAGGAAUGCUUAAAAUGUAUAAAGCAGAAGUUCUCAACAAUUUUUCAAUCAUGCAACAUUAUUUAUUUGGUCAGCUAAUUCCUGCUAUAGAAGGCAUGAAUCAAUGCGAUCAUAGCGAAACAGAGCCAAUAAAAUGCAACAAUGCUUGGGGUGACUGUUGUGGCAUCCGUGUACCCAGCAUGAUUAGUGCCGCGAGUAUAAACCAGAAAAACACAUUCCGUGUUGAAAAUGGCGUAUUUAAACCAGAACUAAACAUAUCCACAAAUAUAACAAAAUGA